AUGCUUACACCACCACCCAGUCCUCCCAGCCGUCUUGGCCCUGUGGCUGAUACCACGAUUAUUGUACGUCGCCGCAAGAAUAAGCGUUUGCGAAGUGCAGAUGAUUUCUCGCAUCUCACCGCAAAUGAAAGCCCCAAGGAUGUAACUGGUGUUACUACUAACAACUAUUUCAGUGUGCUCGAGCAAAUCGAGAUGGAAUACGAGCUUGUCGAGUCGCAUCUUAGUCCUGAUCUCGGUCUAAGUUUUCAAAUCAAGCCUACCGUAGUCCAUGUCCCCGAUGCAGUCAAGAAGUCGGUCAAGGCCUCGCCCUUCCUGACCAAGCAUCAUACAAAAAUUGUGAAGCCCUCAAAACCGAUUCCGGUUGCGGAAACUGCUGAAGCCAUGAUCGGUGAUGUUGCCGACGUCCAAUUGGUCCUCCGCCCAGAUCGCCGUCAUAUGGCGGAAUCGCGUGUGACAUCGGCGCACAAGGUACUCAACUCGGCUACGAAUGCGGACAAACUGAUCCAGUUUGCUCGCCAAUCACCACUCCCAUUAAAUCACGCCAUCCGUGUGUGA